AUGUCACUGAAGAGGUUGUUGUUGAACUUGUUGUUGAUUACUCAGGAGUGUCACAAAGUGAUGUACAAUCAGAUGUUCGUAGCUGCAGGGGUUCUUGUUAUAAGUUGGGGGUGGUUAUACGAUUUAUUCAUAGCGCAUAAAGCUGCUUCUAGUUGGGCAUAUGCGACUAGAGCGUAUUUGUUGAUGCUGGUGGAUUCCAUAAUUUUUGUCGACAAGACCUUUACGCUUGUAGAGGCACGAUACCUCUUACUACUUACCGACUUCAAGAGAUGUUCGGGAUACAGUUGGGAAGCAGUUGCAUUAGUUACCCUUUACAGAUACAUUGGAGAUGCUUCCAUGUUUAUUGCAAUGUUGGAUUCACGACCCGCCCAAUUGAGAUACCUCCUACCUAGGGUUUUCCAGCAGAAAGUUCAUUCUGUAUUUCCUGUUCUCUCACUCACACGGUGUUCUCUCACUCACAGCCAAAGCAUUUUUUGUUCUCUCACUCACAGCCGCACCUCCAAAGUUGGGGAUGAUCUUCCUCCUAUUGUUUUGGUGCAUGGAAUUUUUGGAUUUGGCAAAGGGAGGUUGGGUGGUUUGUCAUACUUUGCUGGAGCUGAGAAGAAAGAUGAGAGGGUUCUUGUUCCUGAUCUAGGGUCUUUAACAAGUAUCUAUGAUAGGGCAAGGGAAUUGUUCUAUUAUUUAAAAGGAGGACAGGUUGAUUAUGGUGAAGAACACAGCAAGGAGUGUGGACACUCGCAGUUUGGAAGAAUCUAUGAACAAGAGCAUUAUUCUGAGUGGGAUGAGGAUCACCCUCUUCAUUUUGUGGGACAUUCUGCUGGAGCACAGGUUGUUCGUGUUUUGCAACAAAUGCUUGCUGAUAAGGUUGGUAUUGGUAUUGGUCUUAAUUUUAUGUUUUUCUUUCAACAUUUUGAUUGGCAAACGCUCACAAAAUGUUGUGUUUAAUUAUGUUUGUUUUUU